CCCUCCUUCCUUCUCUUUCUCUCUCUCUCGCUCGCUCGCUCGCUCGCUCUAUACAUUAGCUUCCCCCGCCCUAUCAAAUAUACUUCCUCAGACAACACACCAAACUUCAAAAGCGGAAGUAACGCGAUAAGUCCAGUCAGUCACGGUACACGGAACGACCACUAAGGCGGCCGCGUACGCUCGCCGGAACACUCGGGACCCCGGACGCUGGAGACCAGUUAGCUUAGCUACGUCUUGGAAUGGGAAGAGGCUGUAGGUGAGGUAGAGUCCAGAGAGAGUCGCUCCCUACUUCUCACAGUGACUUGAAGGAUGAGUGGACACCCAGUCAAGAAAGAAGACCUACAGCUCUGUCUAAAGACAGAGGAGGGUGCAGGAGAUUUCCAGCAGGUCCCUGAACUCAUUCUAGAGGAUGAGUUGAAGUUAGAAGAGAUCACUACAGAAAUUCAGGAUGUGCAGACAGAAGCCAGUACCACUUCAGGUGGGGGAGGGACAUCAGUCUGUGUGCACCUCAACACCCCUAUGGACCAACAGAAUAGAACUGUCCAGAAGAAGCCCAGAUCCCAUAAGUCAGACUAUCAGGAGUGCAGAUCUUUCUUCGUCGAUAAGUGUGAGGGUCACGGUCCACUUCUCAUCAUCCCAGAUACCCCUGUUCCUGUGGGGGUCACAAAUCGAGCCAGACAGACACUUCCAAAUGGUCUGGAGAUUCAGAAGUCCAGUAUUCUGGGUGCUGGCUUGGGAGUGUUUAACAAGGGUCAUACUGUGCCUGUCAGUGCACACUUUGGGCCCUACCAGGGAGAACUGGUAGACAGAGAGGAGGCUAUGAACAGUGGCUAUUCCUGGGUGAUAUACAAUAGCAGUGAGUGUGAAGAGUACAUAGAUGCGGAGAAAGAAACUCACUCUAACUGGAUGAGGUAUGUGAAUUGUGCUCGUAAUGAUGAAGAGCAGAAUCUGGUGGCCUUCCAGUAUCGUGGGGGGAUUCUGUAUCGUUGCUGUCGACCCAUCAAAGCAGGACAGGAGCUCCUGGUGUGGUAUGGCAAAGAAUAUGCCAAAGAUCUUGACAUCACGUUUGAGUACCUAUGGAACAGAAAGUGCUCAGAAAAAGCUAAAAUUUACCUCCACAAACACAUCAGGAGAUUCCACCAUGAGGAAUACAUCAGACUGCUGAAGUCAGGAGACAUUAAAUCUGAGAAUCUGGCAAGCUUCAGUACUCCACAAAUGUCCACUGUUACUGUCCACACCAACAUACCUCACAGACAUUUGCAGAAAGAUACCGAAAAGGAGAGAACUCACCAAUGCUCAGAGUGUGGGAAGAGUUUUAUUCAACAGAGUGCUCUCCAAAGACACCAGUGCAUUCAAAAAGGAAAGAAGCCAUAUUACUGCUUGGAGUGUGGGAAGAGUUUUACUCAAAAGAGUAGUCUCCAAUACCACCAGCGCAUUCACACGGGAGAGAAGCCAUAUCAUUGCUCAGAGUGUGGGAAGAGUUUUAGUAAAAGGGAUUACCUCCGUGAACACCAACGCACUCAUACAGGAGAGAAGCCCUAUCACUGCUCAGUGUGUGGCAAGAGUUUUACUAUACGGAGUAAUCUCAGACGACACCAACACGUUCACACAGGAAAGAAGCUGUAUCACUGCCCAGAAUGUGGCAAGAGUUUUACUGUACAGACAAAUCUCCAACGACACAAGCUCAUUCAUACAGGAAAGAAGCCAUAUUGUUGCUCAGAGUGUGGGAAGUGUUUUGCUCAGCAGAGUAUACUCUGCCUACACCAGCGCAUUCACACACAAGAGAAACCAUAUUGCUGCACGGAGUGUGGGAAGAGUUUUACUCAACAGAGUAUACUCUGCCCACACCAGAGCAUUCACACAAGAAAGAAGCCACAUCACUGCUCUGAAUGUGGGAAGAGUUUUCCUGUAAAGAUUAGUCUCCUACGACACCAACGUGUUCACACAGGAGAGAAGCCGUAUCACUGCUCAGAGUGUGGGAAGAGUUUUACUCAACAGAGUAGUCUUUACCUACACCAGCGCAUUCACACAGGAGAGAAGCCGUAUCACUGCUCAGAGUGUGGGAAGAGUUUUUCUCGACAGAGUAAUCUCCAACAACACCAGCGUAUUCACACAGGGGAGAAGCCGUAUUACUGCUCACAGUGUGGGAAGAGUUUCACUGUACAGAGUUAUCUCCAACGACACCAACGCAUUCACACAGGGGAGAAGCCAUAUCACUGCUCGGAAUGUGAGAAGAGUUUUACUUUACAGAGUUAUCUCCAACAACACCAACGCAUUCACACAGGGGAGAAGCCGUAUUACUGCUCAGAGUGUCGGCGGAAUUUCACUUUUUUCACUACUUUUAAGAAACACAAAUGCACUCGCUAGCAUUGAAAUCGGUGACUUGUAAAUAAAUAUAUUCUUUGUUUAUUACUAAAUAUAUGCAUUCUGUAUGUUUUGAUAAUGUAAUUGCAUUUCACUUUUACAGAAAAUAAUUCAAUAAAAUUGUUUUAUUGACAUUAAAAUGAACUGGCAUCUGAAUGAGUGGUCUUUGUACUCAAUCAGGCUCUUAAUCAUGUGACACUAAAUCAUGUUUCUGGACUAUUGGCCUAAUGUACAUCAGUGUUUGCUAACUAUAGCAAUUUCCACUUAUCUUCAUAUGAGUAUGUUGGUUUGGCUGUGACUCCAAGGCCUUUAUUUCUAUAGAUAUAGAACAACUUUUAUACUGAAUUCAUGUACUCAUCGGAAGGUGCCAAAUGCAAUAAUGUUUUCCAAUUAUUCCUCUUCACAUUAUGAAUCGGCCGCUGACACUGACACCUAGUGGCUUGGAUGUGUCAGAGAGUCUGCCUCCAUGUGGAGAACCUGCUCUUUGGAACAUGCACUGUUUCAUUUGAGGACCACAGAUCAAUUUGAUUAAUAUAAUGUGGUCUGCACUUUAUAGAAAAAGUGUAAAAAUAAUAAUCACAUUAAUAAUUAUUGUUUGCUAUGUUUUUGUGGUAUUUAUUGCUUCUUUAGCUAGUAAAUGGCCAUGUUUAAGUGUAUGUGCAGAGGUUGGUGGUGAUGUUUGGGGUUAGGUUUUUUGUGAUUUAUGUGCAAAGGUUGGUGGUGAUAUUUGUGGCUACGUUCUCUAGGCUGCAUCCAAAGAUGUUUAGACGUCGUGGAUAACAGCAUAUUAACAUACUCUAACACACUUUAAUACACAUCUCCCAUAUUUCACUGAAUCAUUUUGAUGUCCCAACAAAUAAAUUUUAUUUGUCAUUAGCUUAAUAAAAAGUGACUGACAUCAAACAUUGGUUGUGUAAUUGGCUUCAGUUGGGGAAUAUCAGGUGUGUGUAUAUGUGUACAUUACAGUAUAGUUUAUAUAUCGUGUGUGUGUGUGUGUUUGCAAAUUACAGAAUAGUUUAUGUAUAUCAGGUGUGUAUAUGUAUUACAGUAUAGUUUAUAUCAGCUGUGUGUAUUACAGUAUAGUUUAUGUCACGCGUGUACA